AUGCCCCUGAUCCUAUUUUCUGGGUUUCCUGCCAGUGGUAAAACUACAAAGGCUCAAGAAUUGGUGAAAAUAUUGCAAAAAAAGAUAGAAUCCGAUUCUAAUCUUUCAAAGUAUUCGAUUGUGUAUCACUCUGACGAAACUUUGGGAAUCACGCAUAGCGAUUACACCACAUCACAAGAUGAGCGUAAGCUUAGAUCUAAAAUCAUGUCAGCGGUGAAACGAGACCUGUCGCGUACGCGAAUUGUCAUUGUCGACUCUUUGAAUUACAUUAAGGGUUUUCGCUAUCAAUUACACUGUGAAGUGAAGAAUAUCAUGACCACCUACUGUCUGAUUCAUGUUAUGUGUCCUGCAGAUUUGAUACCUCAGUGGAAUGAAAGUACACAAAAUGGACACCAACCUUGGGACAAGGAAUUACUUGCUCAAUUAAUACAACGAUACGAAGAGCCUAAUCCACAAACAAGAUGGGACUCUCCUCUGAUACCCAUUUUGUCUUCUGAGGAUUCUUUUGAUAAAAUUUCUGAAGUCAUCUAUAAAGCUAUAUUUCCACAGCUGUACAAAGAAUCAAAGGAUCGCGAUACUGACAAGCUUUUAGAUUCACUCAAGCCCAAUAAUGCAACCAUACUAAAACCUGCGUCGCAUGCGAAUUCUCUCCAAAUUCUUGAUGCAGAGACUUCAGCAGUUGUCAAGAAUAUUAUGGGAGCUUUGCAGAACAAUGUAGUGUCUGGUGUUUCGAGACUAAUCAUCUCUGAAAUACAAGAUAUAAAUGAUGAAAGAUGUGUCUAUGUGGAGAUUCCGCCCGGUGGAGUCACUGUAGCCCAAUUGCAAAGGAUGAGAAGGCAAUUUGUAGCCUUAAACCGAUUAAGGAAUAUAGAGAAAGAAAGAGUGAUGCCCCUUUUUGUCGAUUAUUUGAGUAAAAACUUGAAAGAUAUGUAG